ACGGCCGACGGGACUCGUCUCCGUCACCGCCGUGGCCAGGCCUGGUUCGCCGCCGGCCGUGACCGAGGGUGACCUGUCGCCAUCUUGAGUACCAGAAAGAGCUUUAACCUGUUAACACAUCCUGGAAAGAAAUCACAGCAAGGAGAGGCCAUACAUGUGUUCCAUAUGUGGACAGGGCUUACGUUGGUCAUCAAACCUCCAGAGAACACGCGCACAUGCUCACCAUGGAGAAACCGUGUAAAUGUGGUGAUUGCGGGAAGGGAUUCAGUUACCCAUCCCAACUAGAAACUCAUCGACGCAGUCACACAGGGGAGAGGCCGUUUACCUGUACCCUGUGUAGGAAAGGAUUUGCUUUAUCAUCCAGCCUGCAGUUACACCAGCGAGUUCACAGCGAUGAGCGACCUUUCAGAUGCACUUACUGUGGGGACUGCUUUAAAAUCUCUGCCGACCUCAUUAAACACCAGCUCGUUCACACCGACGAGAGGCCAUUUGGGUGCUCUUACUGCGAGAAGAGAUUCAGACAGUCAUCUCACCUCAUUCAGCACCAGCGGGUUCACACAGGCGAGAGGCCUUACACCUGCUCCGUGUGCGGGAAGGGAUUCACCCACGCCUCGAACCUCCGGACGCACCAGCGGGUUCACACCGGGGAGAAGCUGUUCACUUGCUCGGUGUGCGGGAAGGGAUUCACGCAAUCGUCCAACCUCCGGACCCACCAGCGGGUUCACACAGGGGAAAGGCCGUACACCUGCUCGCGGUGUGGGAAAGGGUUCACUAAUUCAUCCCACCUUCUGACGCACCAACUCGUUCACUUCGACAAGAGAGCCUUCAAGUGCCCCGACUGCGAGAAGAGCUUCAAAAGCAAAAAGGAUCUGCUGAUACACCAGCGGAUUCACACCGGGGAGAGGCCGUUUAUGUGCUCGGUGUGCGGAAAAGGAUUCACUCUGUCGUCCAACCUUCUGACCCACCAGCGCACCCACAGCGGGGAGAAGCCGUUCACCUGCUCCAUGUGUGGGAAGGGAUUCAACCGAUCGUCGAACUUGCUGAGACAUCACCGGGUCCACACCAGCGAGAGGCCAUUCAACUGCUCGGUGUGUGGGAAGGGAUUCACUCGAUCGUCUCACCUGCUCAGGCACCAGCAAGUCCAUGAAUGACUUUAGAAUGUUAUAAUCUGUUCUGAAUUAUAUUCUUGAUUUCCUUUUUGUUAUUCCUUCAUGGGAUGUGCAUGUUACUGGCUAGGCCAGCACUUAUUGCCCAUCCCGUGUUGUCCUGGAGAAGCUGCCUUUUUAUGAACCAUGUGCUGCAGGAACACCUACGAUACCGUUAUGGAGGGAGUUGCGGUUUCUGAGCGACAACACUGAGGGAGCCACAAUGCGGGCAGUGAUGUAGAGGAAAACUUGCAGAGGGUGGUGUUCGCUUGUAGAUGCUCGUCUUGUCUAUCUAGCUGGAAGUGGUCAUGGAUUUGGAAAGUACUGUCUAUGGCACUUCUGCAGUGCGCCUUGUAUAUGGUACAUACUUUUGCUACUGCACAUUGGUAGUGGAGGAACUGGCACCUGUUGGGUACCUGGGUAUUGCACAUGAGUAUCAGUGGUGGAGGGUGUGAUGUCAAGCGGGCUGCUUUGUAGAUAGAGAUAGAGGGCAUGGAACAGACCCUUCAGUUGAGCUCAUCCAUGCCAACCAGAUAUCCUCUAUAUAUCUAGUCCCAUCUCCCUCUAAACCUUUCCUAUUAAUAUACCAAUGCAGAUGCCUUUCAAAUGUUGUAACUGUACCAGACCGAGCUCCUCGAGUGUUGUUGGAGCUGCGCUCAUCCAGACAGGAGUGGAGUAUCUCACCACUCUCCUGAACUGUGUCGUUUAGAAGCUGAACAGGUUUUGAGGAGUCAGGAGCUGAGUCACUCACUGCAGGAUUCCAAGUCUCUGACCUGCCCUUCGAGCUGCAGUGUUUCUAUGGCUGGUCCAGUUCAGUGUGAUUCUGUUCAAUGCUAACCCCAAAGCUAUUGAUGGUGGGACAUUCAGUGAUGGGUGGUGCCACUCAAGGUCAAGAGGUGAGGGUUAGAUUCUAUCUAGUCGACUAACAUGUGUGUGGCCCAAAGAUUAUUUGCCGCUUCUCAACUCAAGCCUGGAUUUGAUCCAAGUCUUGCUGCAUUUGUCCAUGGACUGCUCCAGCCAUCCGAGGAUAUCCAAAAGGUGCUGAGUACUUUUCGAUCAUCAGCAAACAUCCCCAUUUCUGACCACCUGAUGGAGGCAAGGUCAUUGAUGAAGCAGCUUAAGAUUGUUGGGCCGAGGACACCGGCCUGAGUUUCUGCUGGAUUUGUUAACCACGGUAACGGGACUGCAGUUCAAAAUCCACGGCCAGGCAGGUGGUCUGUUGGGCGUGCGGCACGUGGGAGUUUGUAGAGAACAUGGUGAUCGUCGACAACAUAUCUGUGGUGACUGUCUACAGUUCGAGGAACAUCGGCUCCGCAUGCAGUGGGCUGAUCAGGAGUUCCUGAUGAAGAGCUUAUGCCCAAAAAUGUCGAUUCUCCUGCUCCUUGGAUGCCGCCUGAGCGGCUGUGCUUUUCUCCAGCGCCACACUUUUCGACCCUGAUACUCCAGCAUCUACAGUCCUCGCUUUCUCCUGGGUAUAACUUCAGAAAUGGCAGAUGGUUAGGGACACAUCGCAGUCUCUAAAAGAAAUUAGUUUUACUGCAAGCACAACGUUGUAAUGUUUUGGAGCUCUCCCAAGUUAAUCGGUGUGCUGUUGCUUCAUCUUAGGGCCCUUUCUUGGGAUAUGGACAUCGCUGGUGAAGCCAGUGUUUGGGACCCAUCUCUAAUUGCCUUUAAACUGAAUGGCUUGCUGUGCUACCUCAGAGAGCAGUUAAGAAUCCACCCCAUUGCUGUGGGUCUGGAGUCAAACAUAGCUCAGAUCAGGUAAGGACAACAGAUUUCUUUUUCGAAGUGAGCCUGAAUGAUUGUUAGAGCAAUCAACGUUCACUGAGACAAUUUUUAUAAUUCCAGAUUUUAUUACUGGAGUUUAAAUCCCACCAGCAAGAUGGCUAGGGCUUGAACCCAUGUCCCACAGGCGUAAGUCACAGACUCAAACAGUACUGAAACGGACCCUUCAGUUCAACUCAUCCGUGCUGACCAGACAUUUCAAUCUGACCUCCUCCUACUUGUCAGCAAUUUGCCCGUAUUGCUCUAACCCCUUCCCAUUUAUAUUCCUAUCCACAUCGCUUUUAAAUGUAAUCGUUCCCACUUCUGCCACUUUCUCUGGUAAUUCGUUCUCUGAAACAGUUACCUCUCGAGUCCUUUUUAAAUCUUUCCGCACUCACCUCAAACCCACGCCCUGCAGUUUUGGACUUCCCCAUCGUGGGGAAAAGACCUGUCUCAAAGUUGCCACCCAUGUUGAUCGGGUUGUUCAGAAGGCAUAUGGUGUGCUGGCUUUUAUUAGCAGGGGGAUGGAGUUUAAGAGCCCACAAAGUAAUGCUGCAACUCUGUAAAGUCCUGGUUAGCCCACGCUUGGAAGAAAGUGUUCCGUUCUUUAUUUUUUAGAUUACUUACAGUGUGGAAACAGGCCCUUCGGCCCAACAAGUCCACACCGACCCGCCGAAGCGCAACCCACCUCUACCCCUACACCUAACACCAUGGGCAAUUUAGCAUGGCCAAUUCACCUCACCUGCACAUCUUUGGACUGUGGGAGGAAACCGGAGCACCCGGAGGAAACCCACGCAGACACGGGGAGAAUGUGCAAACUCCACACAGUCAGUCGCCUGAGGCGGGAAUUGAACCCGGGUCUCAGGCGCUGUGAGGCAGCAGUGCUAACCACUGUGCCACCAUGCCGCCCACAAGUGUUCCGUUCUAGUCGCCUCAUUAUAGGAAGGAUGUGGAAGCUUUGGAGAGGGUGCAAAUGAGAUUUACCAGGACGCUGCCUGGACUGAAGGGCAUGUCUUAUGAAGAAAGGUUGAGGGAGCUAGGGCUUUUCUCAUUAGAGUGAAGGAGGAUGAGAGGUGACUGGAUAGAUGAUGAUGAUGAGAGGCAUUGAUAGGGUAGACAGCCCGAGACUUUUUCCCAGGGUGGAAAUGUCUGUCACAAGGGGACAUAAUUUUAAGGUGAUUGGAGGAAGGUUUAGAGGAGAUGUCAGAGGGAGAUUAUUUACACAGAGAGUACUGGAUGUGUGGAACGCAGUGGUA